AUGAACUUGAAAGAUUUUGAAUCCUACCACUCGCCGUUGAAGGAUUUCUACGAGGGAAAGAUCGUUCUGCUAACCGGCGGAACAGGAUUUCUUGGGAAACUUUACAUCGAGAAGCUGAUUAGAUGUGGAGUUUCUAAAAUUCUACUACUAUCCCGAGCCAAAAAGGGUAAAACUCCAUCGGAACGACUAACGUCGUUACUGGAGUCCGAGGCCAUCUUCACAAGUUACAAGGAAAAUCCGGAUUUGUACCACGGUAAAAUAAAAAUCAUCGAUGGAGAUGUGAGCAAGUAUCAACUUGCGAUCAGCAACGACGACAUGUCGUACAUCGUGAACAACACGAAUAUCAUCCUUCACGCAGCGGCCGACGUGCGGUUUGAUGAGUCACUGAAGGAAGCCGUCGAAACCAAUGUCAGAGGUACCAGUGAGAUGUUGAAAAUUGCGGAAAAUGUAAAAACUUUGGAAGUCUUCAUUUACGUUUCCACCGCAUUUUCUAACUGCAAUCGGGAAAUGGUAGAGGAAAAGUUUUAUCAACCGGCGUUCGAUCCGUAUGCGUUGAUUAAAUUGGUUGAGCAGGACCAAGAUGAGGAAAAUUUUGAGGUAAUCAGCAAGAAAAUAAUUGAACCGUGGCCUAAUACGUAUACGUUCACCAAAUCUCUGGCGGAGGACAUCGUGAGGCGAUAUUCGGACAAGUUUCCAACGGCUCUGAUACGGCCAUCGGCUGUGACGACAACCGACAGUGAUCCAAUUCCUGGCUGGACGGACAACGUUUAUGGUUUUAAUGGGGUUGUCGUAGGAGCAGCCACUGGAGUAUUGCGGAUUUUUCACAUCAACAACGAUUAUCGAGCGAACAUCAUUCCGGCGGAUAUUGUGGUUAAUGCUACUUUGGCCGUCGGUUGGUACGCGGUUAGCUACCCAUCGGAAACUAAUAUCAUCAACUGCACCGCAGCGGAUAACCCCGUCAGCUGGGGAAUGGCUAGGGAGGAACAGCUCAAAUGGAAAGGCAAAAUCCCCAACAAAAAUGCCCUCUGGAUUGUAACCUACAACACUACAAGGUACUAUUACGUGUCGGAAUUUUUGAAAAUCUUUUACCACGUAAUACCGGCCAUAUUGUUCGAUAUGGCGCUCAGGCUCAAAAAUCAGGAACCGAAGGUCCUGAAACUGUACCGCAAAGUGCACAAAUUCUCCGAGGUGCUCAGCUUUUUCACUAACAACGAGUGGGAAUUUCGCAACGAUCACUACCACACGGUGAUAGGCCAUAUGACCGAGGACGACCAUCGGUAUUUUCCAUGUGAUGUGAAGAAAAUCGAUUGGACCGAGUUUUUGGCCAACAAUCUGAAAGGGAUUCGAAUGUAUAUUAUGAAGGAAUCGUGGGAUACCCUGAAGGAUGCCAAGAAAAAGUACCGCCGGCAGAAGCUGGCGCAUUUAAUCUUUUUAGGUGUGUACUAUGGGGUUCUUUUAUAUGUUAUCUAUAAGGUUGCGAAGGCCUAUGGUUUGUUAGAGGCGGUUGUUGAGUGGUUUUCGGUUGAUAUGGUAGGACUGUGUGAGCAUUUGUAACCGGCAUAAUAAU